AUGAUCCUAAUCAAUGCAUUAAUAUCAAAAAUAUUAACAAAGUACUUAGAGUACGACGAUAAAGCUUAUAAAUUGCCAGAAAGCUUAACUAACACUCUUUUAAUUUUAUCCUCUUUAUUGAACUUGUCUUACAUAUAUUAUGAGAAUAAUUCUUCUUGGUUGUACAUUAUAGCAUUAAUGGCAAGACCUUCCAUUAUAAUUCAAAUACCUUAUUUUUUUAUUUUUGGGAUUUUAUUCCUGCUAUUACAUUCUUUGUAUAUAAUUAAACCAGGUCUAAUUGGAAGCAAUAUAAUGAGUUUAAUAAACUCUUUAAUGAAAGUGGGAUUAAUGAAUUUUGUGAUUGAAUAAUUUGAUGAUAUUUAAGGAUAAAUCAUUGGAGGACUUAUAUUAUUCUUUUAAGUAUUUGAAAUUAUGUUUGUUUAAGGGACACUUAAUAUAGAAACAAAAAACUUUUAAAGAACAGAAAUAACAAUAUUUUAUGUAAUUUAGUAAAUUUUAAACAUUUUGCUUAUGAUUUUUUAUAAAUUACAAUAUCACCUUAGAAUUAUUCAAAUUAUAGCAAUAAUAAAUUCUGCAAUAUCAGGGUUAGAUCUAAUAUUGAUUAAAAAUUAAAGGAACUCUUUUAUUAGAUUAUUAAUGAUCUCAAUUUAAUUGAUAACACUUUACGUUGGAAUAAUUUAAUUUAUUUAAUAUGAGAAUUCGUUUUCAAUUAUAAUUAUUCCUUUUUUAUUGAAAAUAGUGACUUCAGUCAAAUUAUCUGAUUAUAUUUUCUGCGAGGAUUAGAUUAUUAAUGCAUCAAUUUUAUUAUAAUAAAGGAAAUUUUAUGAGUGUUUUUUAAUUUUAAAUAAAGUUAAGGAUGAUUAAUUUGUGAGGUAGGUAAAACGAAAUGUUCUAUUAAAGAAAUGUGUUGAUUAAAUUAAUUUUGAUUUUCAACUAAAAACAUAAACUCAAUAAUUAUUUGGAGUGGCACAUAAACUUAUUUAAAAUGAUAUAAAAAAUAUAAAAAUACUGAAUGGUAUUAAAAAACAGUUAUAUCGAAAAAUAAAUUUAUUGUAAAAUUGGAAAAACAAUGAAUUUUCUUAAAUUUACAUUUAUAUAAAGUCAUUACUUAAAUUAAAAUAAGAAAUUGAUAAUUACUAUUUAAAAGAACCAAAUGGAAUGGUUUAAGCAUUAAUUUGUUUCUUUUAUGCAGAAAUUUUAAAUGAUUUACUUGAAGCAAAUGAUAUGAUAAUUCAUGCUAAGAAAAGCAUAGAAUUAUGUUAUAAUGAUUAUGUAACCAAUAGACAUAUGUUUUACAUUGUUACAAAAUAUGAAAAUUAACAAUUACAUAUGAGUAAAAUUUCAAGUAAUGCACCUUCUUAUGUUUGUAAUAAAUAAUUGCAAGAGUUAAUUCCUAAUGGUAUCAAAGAAUGGCAUGAUAAAAUAGUUAAUGAAUUUAUCAAAAAAGGAAAAAGUAAAUUUAUUAGAUAAUAAAAUGAAAAUUAUAUUAAUCAUGGUUAAUUUAUUGAUUCUGUUGAUUUUGCAAUAGAUAUUACAUAUUCUGAUGAACUUAAUUUUAUAUGUCUUAUAACUCCGAUUCCAUAGUAAUAAAUGACAAUAAUAGUAAAUGAGAGAUACCAAAUAACAAACAUAACUAAUAAAGUUAGUUAAACUAAUAAAUAUUAAGAUUUUUUUUAAAAAGGAAUGUAGAUUAAUUAAAUAUUCACUGAUUUGUAAGAUAUUAAAAAUAGUUGCUACCUAGAAAAUGUAUAAAUAAAUUCAUCCAAAUUAUAAUCAUCAUUAGUUGAUUUAUAAGAGGAUAUUUCUUAUUAUUGUAGUUUAAAUAUUAAUUUAAGAAUACUUGAAAAUAAAAUGAUAUACAUGAUUAUACAAUUGGAGAAUUUAUCUAUAAUUUCUUAAAAUAUUUUGAGUUCUACUAAAAAAGAAACAAAAACACAUUAAUCAAAAUCUAGUUAUGGUCUUAGUAUAGCUCAAGAAGGUGAUCUUAUAUGUCCUGCUAAUAUUUUAAUUGAUGAAGGAGCAGGUAAAAAAUAACUGACUCAAAUACUUAUUCAUGAGCUUAUUCAAAAUGAAAUUUAAUUUGAUACUUUGCAACCAUAAAUUAUUUCACCUAGAGCUGAACCAGAUCAAAAUCUAUUAAUUAAAAGAGAUUCAAAGAAUAGUAAGAAAUUAUCAAUUAAAUCAAUACCAUUAAUAGAGAAUAAUUAAAAAGAUAAAAAGUUUAUUGAUUAAUAAAAGAAUGAAUUAUUUGAUAGAGAAGAUUAAUCCUAAGUAUCCUCUAUAAGAAUGUUGAGAAAUUCAAAAUUUUAUAGAAAAUAUGAUCUUUUCAAUAAAUUUAAUAAGCAUACUCCAUUGAAAAGAUAUCAUUAAUUAAUAAUCUUACUUUUUCUUUUAUGUUUGAUUUUAUAAGGAUCUUUUAUCAUUAUUGUAAUAUUUAACAUAAUAUUAGCAUUUGACUAGUCUGAAUUUAGUAGCAUUCGCAGUUGAUAUAAAUUUACUGGAAAUCAAAAAUCUAUUUUUUUAACCAUUGGAUAUGUUUCUAGUAACAAGAUGGAAUUUAUGGACUUAUAAUUUUUAAAAAACUAAUGGGAUUAUUUCUCCAGAAGAAUAUAAUUCAGUAUCAAAAUUUGCUACUUCCAAUUUAGCAUUAGGUUUUGAUUCUCUAAAUUCUAAUUUAAAAUCUGUCCUUAAUAGAUAAGAAUUGUAAAAUUUACUCUAAAGUAAAUAUAUAGAAUCUUAUUCUUAUUUGGAUACUUUUAAAUCUGAAUAAUAUAAUAUGACACUAAGAACUGCCAUUUAAGUUUUAUUAAACUUUUAAUACAUUUUAAAGAUGAAUUAUAUAUAUGAAAAAACGGUCAAAGCAGAUAGCCCUUAAAUAUUUUAUAGUUUUAAGAAUUAUCCAAUAAUGAGAGAUAUUAUGAAUUAAUUAAAUCAGGAUAUAUUGACAUAAACAUUGAAUCGAGGUGAAAAUUUCGAAGAUUAACUUAAAACACUAUUUUUAUUAGAGUAAAUAUUUCUAAUUUUCAUAAUUAUAAUAAAUUGUUAUGUUAAAUUCUUCAUAAAUAAAAGACUGAUGCUAUUUUUAUAGUUGAGUCAAUAUUCAGAUAAUGAUGCAAUUUAAAAUGAGAUUUAAAAGAGUAAAUUAUUACUGGAUUAAUUAUUGGGUGAUAAUUCAUAUAUAUUUAAUUAUAAUCUAUAAUUGGAUGAAAAGGAAGAAUAGUUUUUGAAGGAUAAAGGGGAUAAAGGAUAAAGAACUUUUAAAUAUUAAAGAAAGAAAAAAAUACCUAUAUAUAGAUUUCUAUUUGCAUCAGUAUUUUUUUAUGCAAUCAUUACUUUAAAUAGUUUAAUUAAUUUUAUUGAGUUUUAAGGAUAUCUAUAAAAUUAUCCUUAAACAUCUCAAUAUAAAAAAUAGCUUGGUGAUUUAGGUGGUGAUAUACCAUUGAUGUUUGCACAAAGGGAAGUAUUAUAUGGUAGAAAAAACUACAUGUAUUUAGAUGCAGCAUAUUUCGAUAAAAUGUGGUUUUACAUAAAAGAAUCAUUGACUAAUACUAUGAAAUAUACCUCUCAAGAUUUUGAUUUUUCUAAGUAAUUAUAUUUUAUAUAAAAGAAUGCUUGUGACUGAUUCAUUUGUUUAAUUUUAUGAUAGUAUUUAGGAUGGUGAUCUUUGUACCUUUUUACCUGAAUAUCUAAAAGAGAAAUCCAAGGAUUUAUGUCCAACUAUUAUGAAUUAGAAUAUGAAACAUGGAUUGAAGGCUAUGUUAAUUUAUAUUUAGAAUUUAAUUGAAGUGGAUAUGGCUAUAAAUAAUUUUACUUAUAGGGCAGUUCCAACAUAGAAUGAAUUAGAAGGAGCAUUUAUGAUCUCAGAAUUAAUUAAUGUAAUAAAUUCGUAUUUCUAUAAUGAUCUUAUUGGAUUAACUACUGAUUUAGUUAAUUAAUAAAAAGUAAUAAAAUUAUUAAUAAUUAAUAGAUAUUUAACAUCUUGUAUUUACUACUUCUAACCUUUAUUAUGAUAAUAAUAAUAACAUUCUUUAGAAACUAAGUAUAUGAGAAUAGUCAAAUUAUUAUUCAUUUUGUUUACUUAGUCCCAUCUUAAACUUUAUUUGCAGAUGAUACAUUUGAAAGAUCUAUGAGAACACUUAUUAAUUUAUGA